AUGCGCGUCGAAGAGCGCGCCACUUCCGACGAGCGCGCCUCGCGGCUGGAGGACGUGCGGACCGCCGUCAACGGAGUGGUGGCCUCCGGCUUUGGAGCGGCGUCGCCUCUCGCGUGCGAGGUCUCUCCGGCGCGUGAGCUCGUGCUGACGCUCGAGGCGGCCGCCCAGCACAACAUGGUCCCUCCUCUCGUCUCGCUCCGCCGGCCGUGCCUGCUGUACACGACCAUCCUCCAGCUACAGAAGCGCGCGCCGCUCGUGGCCGAGCGAGGCCUCGGCGGCGGAGAUGCGGCGCUCGAGCGGCAGGCGCUCUUCGGCGCCGCCGAGGCGGUGCGGCUCGCGCGCACUCUCUGCGACAAGCACAUCUCGAGCUCGCGCCGCCGCACGUCCGCCGCCGUCGCCGAAGUCUACGUCGCCCGCCUCUGGCUCUGCCUCGCCCUUCACCGGCGCAGCGCCCACCUCUGGCUUCCGCUUCUUCCUGUGUGCCCCGAGGCCUUCGGGCGCGAUGCCCUCCUCUCCAGGCCCGAGGAGGCCGAGCUGCUCGUCGCGCUGCUGCAGCCGCUCCUGCACGUAGCUUUCUCGCUGCCCGACUCGGCAGCAGCCGCGAGAGGAGAGGCGCCGGAGACGGAGCAGCCGCCGCCGCCAGCCGCCGCCGCCUCGCCGGGCGGCGCGGCGGGCCCGCAGGCGCCUCCGCCACCCGCCUCCAAGGGCGCGCAGCAAGGCGGCAGGCCGGAGCGCGGCAGGCCGGGGGGCGGCACGCCGGAGGGCGGCAGGCCGGAGGGCGGCAGGCCGGAGGGCGGCUCUGCAGCCAGGCAGGAGCCGGAGGGGGGCGACGACCUGCUCGGCUCGCUGCUCGGAUUCAUCCCGCACGCGCCCUUCCCGCCCGUCGCCAACGGCGCGCCGGCGGUGGCGAGCGCGCGAGCGGCGGCGGCGGACGCGCGCGCUGCCGCAGACGCGAGGGCGGCGGCGGGCCUCGGUCAGGACGGCUCGCUGUACGUGCCCUUCGACGAGAGCCGCCUCGAGCGGCGCGCAGGCACCCCCGAGAGCGACGCGGCCACGAGCGAGGCUAGCUUCAAGACGGCCGCGACGCGGUCGUACGCGCACGGCGCGCUCGAGAUGACGGGCCCGAUCGGAGACGGGUUGGAAGGGACGGAGCCCGACUGGCGCGGCGAGGGCACUGGCGGUGGUAGAACGCCGCUGCAGGAAUGGUCAGACGACGCCGACGCCGAGCCAUCGCUGUGGGAGCGUCCCUUAUAG